AUGUCCUCCGCCUAUCUCCUAGCAUCCAACUCACAGUUCGCCGACACAGUGAUACCUAGCAACCAUCCACAGCAGGAUUUAGACCAAAAGGACCCAGGCGAUCGACAUCCGGAGGAAGGCCAGAUGAAUCGGGCGCAGACGGACCAGCGGCACGAGCGCUCUGAUCAGACUGGAAAGCUCGAGAUCGACCAACAUCAAGAGACGGACCAGCUCAACAAGCUUUCGGACGGGCAUUCUGCUCAGCAUCAUGCAAACCUCUCCAACGGCGUUCCGGUCAACGACGGUACGAGCGAAAAGACCAAGCCUUCGAACGAUACGCCUGCCAAUGUCGACAAUCACUCGCACCACGAUUGCCAACAUUGGCAUCACGUGGGCGACAAAGUCAAAGAGUACAUAUUGAUAGAUAGCAAGCCAAAAGACGUGUUAACGGAAACGCGGCCAAGAGAAGACGUCAUCAUACGAUCCAUUCGACCAGUCCCCAUCACCAUCAAGCGAAAACCCUUCAUCGCGGGACCCGACAGCAAGCUUCGCAAUGCCGGAACUGCACGCGCAUACAUGGCCGCCACAGAAGAGAAGCCCUACGGCACAACGCAUAGAGACUGGGCGCGCAACCACUCGCACCAGACCGUCCUGCAACAACACUGCGACUUCUUCGACACGGAUCGCGAUGGCAUCAUCUGGCCACAAGACACCUUCUGGGGCUUCCACAAGCUCGGCUUCGGCAUCAUACUCUCCCUCAUCGCGGUCUUCGUCAUCCACGCCAACUUCUCCUACCCCACACUUCCCACCUGGCUACCCGAUCCCUUCUUCCGCCUCUACGUCGCGAACAUCCACAAAGACAAACAUGGCUCCGAUAGCGGCACGUACGACCAUGAAGGCCGCUUCGUUCCCCAAAAAUUCGAGGAUAUCUUCGAAAAGUAUGCUGACGGGAGGGAUUUCGUGACGUUAUGGGAUGUUAGCAACAUGAUGAAAGGACAGCAGUGCAUCGCUGAUCCGAUCGGGUGGGGCGGCGCGUUCUUCGAAUGGCUCGCGACGUACCUGAUGCUGUGGCCCGAGGAUGGACGCAUGAUGAAGGAGGAUAUCAGGGGGAUAUACGAUGGCAGUCUCUUUUACAAGAUCGCCGCAAGGCGUGCGUCGAACAAGGCGUACGGCUACGAGUAG